GUCAGCUUGCGGUGAGUCUGUCAAUGCCAUGUCAAAUUGUCAAUGCUAUUAUAAUAAAAACAAACAGCAGGGAGGGCUAUUUAACAUUUUUAAGCGAUUCUUGAAUGCCAAAUUUAUGUUAAUUCUUGCUCACACUCAUUUGACCUAUCAGUGAACUGGAAAGUCCAGUCGGCAAAUCCAUUCUAAAACUAGUUCGAUAGAAACAAUACUGUUGUUUAUUUUGUUCGUCUGAUAAGUUGAUAAGGCUGCUGUUUCUGCCUUUAAAUACUUACUGCGAUCAUAUUUUUGGGCAAAACUAAACUGGCAUCUACUUUUUAACUGAUCUGAAAAUAUUCGAAACGUUAGUAUCUAAGUGGCUGCUGAGCAAAAGCUACUUUUUCACUUAAUUCUCUUGUAUCAAGUGUUAAUUAUUAAAGUCCGUCAAGAAUUUGCUUGUUUUGAUUCUUCAAGAUGGAUAUCAAGGAGACCAUUAUUGAAACUCAGCAAGGAGGUGUUAAAAUAGUUCAAUACAACAAGCCCAGUAAGAAAAAUGCCAUAGACCAGGUGAUGUACAAGCGAGUAAUAAGAAUACUGAAUGAAGCUGCAGUAGAUGAAAACAUUUCUGUGAUGGUGCUGACUGGCACUGGAGACUUUUACAGCAGUGGCAAUGAUUUCUCUGCUCCACCAGAUUCCAAUACAGGCAACCACUUGAAUGUGCUGAAGGAAUAUAUCAAUGCAUUUAUAAUGUUUCCUAAGAUACUGAUAGCGGUUGUGAAUGGACCCGCUAUUGGUAUUGCGGCCACAACGUUAGCACUUUGUGACAUGGUGUUUGCUUCAGAUAAAUCAUAUUUCUUAACUCCAUUUACGAAACUGGGCAUUGUUGCUGAAGGGUGUUCAACAUUCACAUUUCCACGACUACUUGGUGAAAGGAAGGCAAUUGAGAUGUUGCUCUGUAACUACAGACUAUCUGCAAAAGAAGCUCUUGAAUAUGGUUUUGUAAAUUACAUUUACAAGCCUGAGGAAGUUCAAAGUAAAGUUUGGGACAAAAUAGUUGAGGUGUCAAAACUCCCCAAGCACUGUAUUACAAUCACUAAGAAGUUGGUAAGGGAUGCUGUGAGAGAAGAACUUUUGAGAGCCAAUGACAAAGAAAUAGAGGAACUCAAUGCCAUAUGGAUAAAAGGACAGAGAAGUAAAAUAUAAGCAAAACUUGUUUAAUAUUUAUGUGUAAAAAAUACAUUUAAAUAUUUUUAUAAGUAUGUAUGUACAUAAAUGUAUGUAGUUUUUGUUAUAUUAGAUCAAGAGUAUUUAUUCUUUAUACGCUGCGCUUGCUAGUCCGUGGUCUCCACUCCAGCACGAGGUGGACAGACGACCUUAUAAAGGUCGCCGGAAGACGCUGGAUGCAGGUCGCUUCCAACAGGUAUCUGUGGAGAUCAAAGGGGGAGGCCUAUGUUCAGCAGUGGACGUCCUAUGGCUGAGAUGAUGAUGAUGAUGAUGAUUUAUUCUUUAAGCAUUUAAACACACAAAGUGAUCCAUAUAUUUUUAAUUAUCAGUAAGCAUUUAAGAUGUGCCACCUGUUAAGGAAAAUGAGAUCUAAAAGAUACCAGGUGUUACAGUCACCAGUAUUUUCGGUUUUCCCGAUUGUAUACAUACUUAAAAAUGAUUAAAACAAAAAAAAUAUCUAUAUGUA